AUGGAGAAGCCCGGCGCCUCCGGCCACGCAGGCCCUUUAAAUGUGCCCGCUUUCCUGACCAAGCUGUGGACCCUGGUGAGCGACCCGGACACGGACGCGCUCAUUGCCUGGAGCCCGAGCGGCCGGAGCUUCCACGUGUUCGACCCAGGCCAGUUUGCCCAGGAGGUGCUGCCCAAGUAUUUCAAGCAUAACCACAUGGCCAGCUUCAUCCGCCAGCUCAACAUGUACGGCUUUCGCAAGGUGGUGCACGUCCAGCCGGGCCCCCAGAGGAGGGCCCAACGGGACCUCACCGAGUUCCAGCACCCCGACUUUCUGCGGGGCCACGAGCAGCUCCUGGAAAACAUCAAGAGAAAAGUAACCAAUGUGCCCGGGAUCAAAACGGAGGACCUUGCAGCUGCGGAGCAAGACAGCGUAGCCGGCCUGGGUCACGACGUGCGGGUGAUGAAGGCGAAGCAGGAAUGCAUGGACUUGAAGCUGGAUGCCAUAAAACAAGAGAACGAGGCCCUCUGGAGGGAACUGACCACCCUUCAGCGGAAGCAAGCCCAGCAACAGAAAGUGGUCAACAAGCUGACCCAGUUCCUGAUCUCCCUGGUCCAACCCAACCAGCUCAUGGGACUGAAGAGGAAGGUGCCCCUCAUGUUGGAUGAGAGCAGCUUGGCACAUUCUCCCGAGAAAUGCAGCUGCCCGGACUUUUUAGAUAAUGGCCUUGCUGCCCACGACCCCGGGACUUCAUCCCUGGACGACUAUGACCCCAGUCUGUUCUCUGCAGCCAAUAUAGCAUCCAUCAGCCUGGCAGAUCUGCCCCAGUUCAGCUCUCUGGCAUCCACCGCUGCCGAAGCCGGUAUGGAUCCAAACGAGAGCAACCUGAUGAUCCACAUCAAGGAGGAGCCCCCUAGCCCACCAAUCAGGGAAAGCUCCCUGAUGGAGGAGGCCAGUCCGGAAUAUCCCACCGACUUGGUGAUGCCAUUGUCUCCUAAUUCCUUCAUCAGCUCUUUUCUACAGGAGGACCAGCCCCACAGUGUUUUGACCGCCUAUGAUACAGAUGAUGAUGACACACCUUCCAUUCCCCAGCCUGCUGCAGAAUAG